GCAGGAUGGGUUAACCAGCGGACGGCCAAGCUAAGUACGAGUCAGAUGCAGAGUGUCAUGAACACGGAGUUCGGUGGUAUGAACGACGUACUUACGGAGAUCUAUUACUGGACAGGUGAUAGUCAGUGGUUGACGGUUGCGCAACGUUUCGACCAUGCAGCUGUAUUCAACCCUCUAGCAUCGAACCAAGACAAGCUUGACGGCCUCCAUGCCAACACUCAAGUUCCUAAGUGGAUCGGAGCAGCUAGAGAGUACAAGCAAACUGGCACAUCACGAUACCUUGACAUUGCGAGGAAUGCGUGGGACAUCACUGUGAACCAUCACUCUUACGCGAUUGGCGGAAACAGCCAGGCUGAACACUUUCAUGCUUCUGAUGCCAUAGCUAGAUAUCUGAGCAAAGAUACUGCCGAAGGUUGCAACACCUAUAACAUGCUGAAAUUAACGAGAGAGUUAUGGGCAACGAACCCGUCUGCCGAUUACUUCGACUUCUACGAGCGAGCAUUGCUCAAUCACAUGCUCGGCCAACAGAAUCCAAGGGAUAAGCACGGGCACAUAACAUACUUCACGCCUUUGAAUGCUGGCGCCACCCGGGGGGUUGGCCCCAUACCAUAACCCCAGAGGACGGAGUUUAUCCUGAAGAGUUCAUGAAAUCUCUCGAAGCCAGCUGGGUACGCCUUCAAGUGGCAGAUGCCAUUACAGCCGCAGGUUUCAAGGCUCAAGCCCAACGUUAUGCCAAGUCCUUAGAUGACAACGUUUUUGAUACCUGGAACGUAGUACCGGACGGCUCCGUGAAGCUCCCGUUCGACUUCGAUCGAGUCUAUAGUCCUCUCAAGCACGUGGGUGUAGAGGUGACAUCUCCAGUCUUCGUUGCGUGUGAGGGCGCGUUCGAAGAGAUCUCGGCCGUCGUCACGGCCAUCAACAAGUCGUUCCGCACCGUCGUGCCCCCUUGCUGCGGAUUCCACGUUCACGUGGGGCACGGCGGCAUACCGCUCAAGCUACGGCCCGUCCAGCGCAUCGCAAGCUUGCUAUGGGUCGCCGAGCACCUCCUUAAUACCGUUCAUGCGGGCUGUCGUCUCGGCAACAAUCAGUGUCUCGAUCUGAGACGAACAAGCCAUCUCGGCCCUGUGCCGGCUCUCGAGAAUUCAGGAGAAGCUGAUACGUCGGAAAGGCCAAAGAAACCCGACGAGUUGAAAGCUUUACAGCAUGCUGAGCUCUCCUGGGAUCGAGUCGACAAGAACAGAGAGAAACCGACGCACUGGCCUACUAUGCGUCGUAUAAGCUUGUCCGAGAACACGCCGUCCCGUUCUAUCGCCCUAAACUACUGGAUCCAGCAUUAUGCGCCUGACGCAAAGUUGACACAACUCGAUAUAACAAACGGCGUUCAAAAGAUCUUCCGCGCCACUGACACCGCCUCUAUCGCGAAGCUGAUGUCCCCCGCCUCUACUCGUGGGGCAUAUAACUUCGUCAACCUGAUCACUACAGUAGAAGACUUUGACGGCAGCUUCAAAGAGCUGAAGACGAAGCCCACAAUUGAGUUCCGACAAGCCGCGGGGACUCUCGACGAAGACUGGAUCAUCGUGUGGUCUAAGAUCUGCCUCGCGCUGUGCGGGCCCGCCGUCGUCGAGUCCUCCGAUGAUACAUUCUUUCAGCUGCUGUACGAUUGUAUCAAAUCUGAGAAGUCCCGGCACAAGUAUAAUGUCUUUGACUUGCUGUCCGACAUAGGUGUCAAGGAACAUGAUAUCUCCAUCGUUCAGGACCGACUUCAAAGUGGCCGACAUGAACGAGAGCCGGUGCUACCCUUCCACCGACCUGACGAUCGGCCGAACGGCAUCCUAGAUGAGGGUAUUGGGAUGGCUUGGCACCAGCAGACUUCACCUUGGCAGGAUGCUGGAUGGGAGAGCGAUGAGGAAGAGGAGGAGGAGGAAAAGGAAGAAAGGAAUAAUGAGACACCAUCACUGGAGGAGGAUUAUUCUGAGGAGGAGCACGAUAGUUGGACCGAUUCAGUCGUUAAGAGCGACGAAUACGAGCCAACUAGUUGUUGGGUCGAGGAUGUUGAACACGAUGACAUCCAAAGCUCAAAGAGUGAUGACGACGAUUGGGAUGCGUAUAUAAAGAAGAUGGAGCAGCACUCGCUUGGGUUGGAUAUAAAAUGGUAAAGACACAUAUUGGGUAUAAUUGAUCCGGUCAUUUCCAGGCAUCAUUGGAUAUAGCAUGUUGGCAUUUCUUCUGACGCGAUCAUGUUUAAACUAGCGUGGAAGAUGAGCUGGUGAAGUAUGUUCAG